UCCCGGCGCUCACCGGAGAAGCAGGAAGAAGCCGCGGAGCCUGGUGCGGCGGGGGGUCCGAGUCCGGCUCUCGCUGCCCGCGGCCGCCGCCGCCAUGGCCUCGCUCUUCAAGAAGAAGACGGUGGAUGAUGUAAUAAAGGAACAGAAUCGAGAGUUAAGAGGUACACAGAGGACUAUAACCAGAGAUCGAGCAGCCUUGGAGAAACAGGAAAAACAGCUGGAACUGGAAAUAAAGAAAAUGGCAAAGACUGGUAACAAAGAAGCCUGCAAGGUUCUAGCAAAACAGCUGGUGCAACUGCGAAAACAGAAAACUCGAACCUAUGCUGUUAGUUCAAAAGUCACCUCCAUGUCAACUCAAACAAAAGUGAUGAAUUCCCAGAUGAAGAUGGCAGGAGCUAUGUCAACCACAGCAAAAACAAUGCAAUCUGUUAACAAGAAGAUGGACCCUCAAAAGACAUUACAAACUAUGCAGAAUUUCCAGAAGGAAAACAUGAAGAUGGAAAUGACUGAGGAAAUGAUUAAUGAUACCUUGGAUGAUAUCUUUGAGGGCUCUGAUGAAGAAGAAGAAAGCCAGGAUAUUGUGAACCAAGUGCUUGAUGAAAUUGGAAUUGAAAUCUCAGGAAAGAUGGCCAAAGCACCAUCUGCUGCCAGAGGCUUACCAUCUGCAUCAGCAUCAAAAACUACCACCAUUUCAGAUGAAGAGAUUGAACGGCAGCUCAAAGCUUUGGGAGUAGAUUAGCCUGAUGACAAUAUACAGUCUGCCUUCUAACAAUUAUUCAACUACAGACAGAUGUAAAAUGUACACAUUUUCAAUACAACUAAUGUACUUUCCUUUAAAAGGAGAACAGAAGGCUUCAGAAAUAAGCUGAUUCAUGGCAAAAAAAAGCUUAUUUCUUGCCAGAGAACCAUUAUCAGUAGCACUGAAUUCCUGAAAUUGUUUUUGAAAAACUGCUUUAUCAGAUGACAUGAAUAGAUAACUUGCAUGUGGGAGUCUUUUGAACACCAGACUGAGAUCUAGGAUAUACGAGUACAUCCAUUUUACACUAGGUCUGAAUUCGGGUUGUGUUGCAUUCAAGAUUUAUCCCCACAAUUUAGUUGCUUGAGCAGCACUGGCUUUUUUUUUAAUUUACAAAAUGUUGGCUGGCAAGCAGAGUUGGAAAAAUAACAAUUAUAAUAUAAGAUCUUCAUCUGUUUAGCUUUUUUGAAAUUGUCAUCCUAUGAUUGUUGACAGCAUUUCUCUGGAUAAUAUUUGGAGUGUUUAUAAAAUCACUACACAUGGAAAGUUCUUAGAAUAUUUUAUGAUCUUGUCUUUACACUUUCAAUUUGAAAAGGGAUAACCUUUUUCUUUUGGUGAGAGAGAACCUUGACACUAGUAAGUGUAGGCCGUUAUAGCUUUGUUUUUCCGGUGUCUUCAGUAAAUUUGAGUUGCUUCAUUCUGAGACAAUUUUACUACUUACUGAAGGGUAUGGGUGCAAUCCAGCUCUUACUGACUUCAGGGGAAGAGGCUUGAACUAAAUAUUUUUAGUGAAUAUUUUGCAUGAAAGGCACUGAAUAAACUGUAUUGUACUGUAACAUAGCUAACUUCAACAGAAUUGUUGUGCCUUUGUGUAUAUAAAACCUUGCUUAUACCCUCCUGAUUUUUCAAAAUUUUAUUAAUCAUUAAUGGGUGAAGUAACUACUGUUAAGGCAGUUAUUGCCAGGUACAAAAUAUUCUGAAAAGUCCCAUCUACACUUGAUAGCAGUCCAUGCUGAAGUUCAUAUAUGAAGUACUUCAGCACUUGGAAAAGGAAUCUUGCCUGAAAUCUCAUGUGUAUAUAUUUUACAGUACUUAUCCCCUAAACAACUGUUUAAAGAUACAGUAUUUACAAAGGUACAUGUGAUUGCAUAUUGGCAGAUGAAAUCUAAAUCUUAUCAGAAUGACUUGGCUGCCUUAUUCCUAUAAUUGCUCCUUUUAGGUUAAAAAAAAUGCUGGGCAUUACAUUGUACAAUAGAAGGUAUGGUUAGACAAGUGAUUUGGAUAACAGUAUAAUAGGAACAGGCUCAGAUUCUAAGGUUUUCCACGGUCUCUGAUCUAUAUCAUCAUCAGGUCCAUAGAAUAGCACUGGCUUUAAGGGGAAGCCAUUUAAUCAGAGUGCUUAGUUUCUAAGUGGGGAAGCAAGUCCUGAGUGGGAUUGCUAUUGUUACACCUGCCAAUGCAGGACUGAGCAGGGAAAUAAGUUAUAAUAAUCAGUUUGUUAGCCCAGGUCUAGGUUUUGGUGUAGAAAUACAGAAUGCUGUUUUCUCUGAAAACAUGGGGCCAAACCAUGCAUUUGGAAUGUUCAAGUGUACAUAAUACACACAUACACCCCUGACAUUGGGGGUGAAUUUUCUUUUACAAUUUAUUUUGUAAAAAUCUAAUAAAAGCUUUUAUUCCCACAAUG